CCCAGUCCCAGUUCUCGUUUAGCUCCAUUCGACAUCGGUUGUUCCCGUCGCAAUGACAAUCUCGUGGCUGACCUUUCUCGGCCUUUGUCUAAAUCUCAGCUCUUUCAGCUCGGCUUUGUUCGUACCGCAGCACAAUUGCGAAAGCUAUUUUGGCUACUUUAAGGAGGAUAGUGGUAGCUACAUUGGCGUUUUCACGGCUCCCCGCUCUGGAGUCAAUAGAUUAUCAUGGACGGUGGUCUUCACGGCUCACGGAAAUAAUCAGAAGAACACUGUCAGCUCUCUAUCGGCGUAUCCCUCUAAGGAUCGUGCCUUUGAAAAGAUUCACAAUGGAGAACGUGGCCAGGUGUUUGUGCGUUUCCAGGAUUUUGGAAACGAGCUGCCCAAACUUACCCACGCGGAAUUUAAUGGACAGGUCUUGUGCACGAACGAUGAAUACGAAGCCCCUUCCAGCACGAUGACCAGACAGCAGUCGAUGUCCACCUCAGCGCUCAUUAGUCAAAACACCGCACCCAGGGAACAGUUGGUGCCUCACUUUUCUCAAAGAACGACCAUAACCCCUUCCACCUCAGCGCCAAGGGAACAGUUUCAGUUUUCUCAAAUAGGGUCCAUAACCCGUAACGACAAUCCGUUUUUAAAUCGCCCGAAACCGCAGAUAGAGGCCGACUUCGACCAGUGUGGUGUGGAGGGCUUUGCGUCCCUGCAGAUUGGAGGUGAGCUGGUCACCCGGGGUCAGUAUCCCUGGCUGGCGGCACUCUACGAGGGCGGCUCUACCGUCAAGUAUACGUGCGUUACCUCGGUGAUCUCCAAGCGGACUGUGAUCACGGCGGCCCACUGCAUCCACGGCAAAAGUGCCAGCCAACUGUGGGUCUAUCUGGGCAGGCACGAUCGAAACGAGAACCCGGAAAGCGGAGCCUUGUUGGUCAGUGUGUCCAGAGUGCUCACUCCUUCCACGUACGAGGGCAAUCCAGUUCCGGACAAGGACGUGGGCCUUCUAGUGCUGAACCAGCCGAUAGUAUACACCAAGUACAUUCAGCCCCUCUGUCUUUGGAGCAGGGACAUGACGGUGUCCCCCAAUGAAGGCGAGAGCGGAGCGGUGGCCGGAUGGGGAUAUGAUCGGACUGGGGAAAAGACCCGUUUUCCAAAGACAGUCAGUGUGCGACUGGUGCCCCUUGCUCAGUGCCUCAAGGAGAUGAAGCGAGCGGAGGACUUCCUCACCUCACGGACCAUUUGUGCUGGAAAUUCAGAGGCACAUGGUCCCUGCUUCGGAGACUCGGGGUCUGCAUUGGUUGUCCUGCGAAAUAACCGAUAUUACGUUCGGGGCAUUGUUUCCAUAUCGCCUCGACAGGGAAAUAUCUGCGACCUUAGCGGGUACGUCAUUUACUGUGAUGUCGCCAAGCAUAUCGACUGGGUUCGGCAAAAUAUGGAGGUGUAAACACAUCAUUUCGGUGCUUAAAUAAUAAAUAAAAUAUAUAUAAAACAAUAUAAUA